GCUUGCACCUUACUUUUUCACGCGGAGCUCUGGAAAUCAUGCUGACAAAGUGCGAAAACAUCCGGGAUGCUGUGAAGUCUCUUAUUGCCGGUUUUUGGAUCACCUUUAGCUUCUGUUCCGUUGGCGUUCAAGGCCAGGAGGGUAAUGGCUGUGGACAUACGCUGCUGGGCACCGAGUCAGGCACGUUGGCCUCUCAGAACUAUCCAGGCACCUACCCCAGCAACUCCUGGUGUAAGUGGAGGCUUCGAGUGUCAGAGGGGCGAACGCUGCGAUUGCUGUUUGGGGAUUUUGACAUUGAGAGCAGUCCGGGCUGCAGCAAUGGCUCUCUCGUGAUCACAGACAAGAGUGGAGAAGUCCGUCUGGGUCCAGUGUGUGGGAAGCUUGAUUCAUCACAGAAAAAUGUGACACUCACAAGCAAUGAAGUGACAAUAACCUUCAGGUCCGGCCCACACCGCUCUGGAAGAGGGUUUCUACUGUCCUACGCCACAGACCGGUAUCCAGAUCUCAUUUCUUGUUUACAACGAGGAUCUCAUUCCAGCUCGCAGCUUUUGAGCGUGUACUGCCCUGCUGGAUGUAAGGAUGUCAGAGGGGAUGUUUGGGGAAACUCUGAACAGGGUUACAGAGAUACCUCAGUCCUGUGCAAAUCUGCUGUCCACGCUGGAGCUGCAUCUGACAGUCUGGGAGGUCGUGUCACUGUGAAUCGUGGGAAAAGUCUUACACUUUAUGAGUCCACCUUUGCUAAUGGAAUCCUUUCAAAAAUGGGAUCAUUAUCUGAAAAGAAGCUGCUCUUCAGCAAAGAAUGCAGCAACAUCCUGAGUGUCACUGCUUUAAAUGCCUCAUCUUUCUGGGAUAAAAACCAAGAGCACACAAUGUUCUGGUCCUCCAGAAACAUGGAUACUAGCAAUGAGUUCCUACUCUGGGCAGCAGACGGGAACGAUCUGAAGCCAUGGGUGGAGCUGGGGCUUAGUGAUAGAAGCACUAUCACAGGAAUAAUAACAACGGGAUCAAACGAGCGCUACAUAGAAUCCUUCAGUGUUUUUUUCAGCAAGGACAGAAAAACCUGGAAGAUUUACAAAGGUGCUCUCAGCAGAGAAAAAAAGGUGUUUCAGGCCUACACUGAUGGCCACCUUAGGGUUCUCAACAGCUUUCUCCCUCCUGUGGUGGCUCGAUUUGUCCGGCUACAGCCGCUGAGCUGGCACGGCCGAGCUGCCGCUCAGGUGCAAGUCCUGGGCUGCCCUGUGGCCAAGGUGACACCAAGGUCACGCCCAGCCCCCGAAUUUCCAUCCAUCAAAGUAAACAUGGGAACACCAGAGCCCAGCCCAACUCCAACUGAGGGCCCAGUGUUAGUGGAGACCAAACUGAACACUUCCGUUCCUGUAGGCUCCAGUCAGCCAGUAAUAGUGGCGGUGGGAGUGGUGCUGGGCCUGAUCAUGUGCGGCAGUUGUUUGUUGGCUGGAGUCUGGUGGAAGAGAAGGAAAAAAGAUUCACAAAUGAAGUACUCUUUACCCACAAUAGGUUGUCAGAGUUUCCAGGCAAAGAGUCUCUCCUGCACACAGUCGGAGCUUAUCUCUUAUCCUCUGGAGCGAAAUGUCCAUGAUGCUCUACCUAGCCCUCCUCUUAAUGACUAUGCAGAGCCUGCUGUUGCAGCUAUUGGGCAGAAAGUUGGGUCAACGUUUAGACCGGCCUCAGAUGAGGGCUACACCACCCCCUUUGCCCUCAACCAUUAUGACACUCCUGGCAACCUUCCUGAGUACGCCGAGCCUCUUCCCCCAGAGCCCGAGUACGCCACCCCAUUCAGUGAGCAGCCCUCCGAGUCCAACCUGCCAACUCUGGCGGGGAUCGUUCACGGUCAUGCACAUGGAGCUCCUACACCCGCAGCUACUGCUGCUACCAGAACACCCAGCCACACCCAGUAUGACUGUCCCUCACACAGGAUGCUGUCCAAUGGCUACUGCACUCCUGCUCUUCAUGUCAAUGGCCCGCGGCCUGUCAGUGUGAUCUACGCUGAGCCGAAGUCAUGUGACUCUUUACUACAGAAGCACACAUAUGAGAAGCCUUUGUGAACACAGCAAGCUCAGACACGCAGGAAAAAAGACUCUCUUGAGCUAAAAUGUGUGCUGGGACCUCAAGUGGACACCAAGCUGGAGAGUGUUAUCCACAGAGUACUAAUGCUGACUGAUCUGAACUUCAGUGAGCGAUGUACCCACGGUGGAAAAGUCACUUUGGUCCAGAAUGUAUAUAUGAGGGUACACAACUCCCGAUGAUCUGAGAGCCAUAUGGACCAAAUAUUUCCUUCCAGGAAGUAUGUUGUUGUACAGCGGAAGUAUCCUGUGAUGCACAAAGAAAACACAGGCUCAGUCGCGUCUCAAAGAUACUGUUUGUUUAAAUGUUUAAUCACAAGCUGCACUUUCAGAAAACACAUACAGCAAUGUAUGCUUCAGUGAAUUUAAAAGGUUAAUGCAAAAAAGUGGAUUAAAUAUGUUACUUGUCCUCACAAAACAUUGUCAUUGUAUCACAAUGCAAAAUUUCAACAUGAUUUGUUAAAAAAGAAGCACUAUAAAUGGUACACUGUAACAAAGUGGUUGGAAUUGUUGCUAUGAGUAUGUAUAACCACUAGGUGGCUCUAUUGAGCUUUAAACAAUAAUUAUUGUGUAAUUCUUUGUCUGCUGGUUCUCACUCCUCAUAUAUAUAUAUUUUUUAUCUAUUUAUAACAUAGUAACAAACAAAAUUUGGUUUAAAAUAAAUGCUUGGAUUGUAGUAUAACACAGAAAGGCACAACAGGCAAGGUGGUGUCAACUUUACAUGAAUUAAAACCUACUGCAGUGCCCUCGAGCAAGACACAAAACUCUAACAUUAAAAAACACAUACAGUACAUGGCCUUGUAAGUCGUUCCUUUUUUGCCACUGUGCAGCAAUUUCAUAUUACUUAACUCUGUAUUCCUUCAUUUUCUCUACCAUGCAAAGUCCAUUUGGCUUUCUUUGAUUUUUUUGUAUGGAAAAUACAGGUCUUCAACAGAUUAAAUUACUUGAUUAAAAUAAGAUGAUGUGACAUUGCUGUUGUUCACAGAGGAAAACAGGAGAUAGAAAAUUGUAUUUUUUUCCUUUUACAAGCCAUUUAGUACAAGAAGGGUCAGGUGACAGUGGUAGUCAUCCGAUAUAUUUGAAAUUGUUACUAAAAGACCUUCAACAAUGUAAUGCAUUUUUCUAAAAAAAAUGCUUUUAAAAGGUCUGUGGUGUCCCAUUUAGUGAUGAAUUUGCUAACCUUUUCCACUGCUGAAUAAGGCACAAUAAAACAACUGUAUUGAGAAAAA